AUGGGUAUAGUUAAAAUGAAGUCCAUGGCUCGCAGCUACGUUUGGUGGCCCAAUAUUGACGCAGAUUUAGAAGCAAUCUGUAAACAGUGCAAAACCUGCGCGGCCGAGGCGCAGGCGUCGCCGCACGCUUUUCCGCAGUCCUGGCCAUAUCACACUCAGCCUUGGAGUAGGGUUCACGUUGAUUUUCUGGGAUCGCUGUUUGGAAGAAAUUACCUUGUAGUCAUAGACGCGAGUUCAAAGUGGUUUGAAGUUUUUGAGAUGCAUAAAACGAAUGCAACGGCUAUAAUAAAAGUUCUUCGAGCAACGUUCGCACGGUUUGGACUACCAGUGGAGAUCAUCGGAUCAAGGUCCGCCAUUCACAAGCAAUGA